AUGUUCCAGUCUUUCAUGAGUUUGCUCUCACCCAGCAAUGGCUCAAAUGCCACUUGGCGUGAGGACAUUGCCAGGGAGCUGCUGACCUCAACCUCCUGCAACCUCGUUCUAGUUGCAAGACGCAAAGACCGCUUGCAGAGCUUUGCUGCAGAGCACAGCAGUGGCCUACGAGCCGUUGAGGUUGUAAGCAUGGAUUUGGCGCAGGAGGGUGCGGCGCGCGAGCUUUACAAUAUACUGGCAGCGGCUGAUCUUGCAGAGAAGAUAGAUGUCCUGGUGCUCAAUGCAGGAGCUGCAAUCUCGGGCUCGUUUGUGGAAGCCGACAUGGACGCUCUAACGGCGUCCAUGCACCUCAACAUGGUGUCUCCCAUGCAGCUGGCUAGACUCAUCGGCCAGGACAUGAAGGUGCGAAAUCAGCUUGAACCCGUUCACGCUGUCCGGGGCUUCGAGCAGAAGGGGCACAUCGUCGUGGUAUCUUCCAUCGCAUCAGCCUCACCCGGUGUGCCCCACGUGGCCGUAUACGCCGCCAGCAAGGCGUUCUUGACGUCGCUCGGAUGUGCACUGCAUCAAGAGCUGGCCUCCGCAGGAGUUUGUGUCACGGUCUCCAUGCCUGGUGCGACGGCUACGGAGUUCAGCUCGGUCUUGGGUGAGGAGGCUGCCUUGAUUUUCAGGAUUCCCCCGAUGGUGAGCCAGAGCCGCCAAGUUGCGCACGAGACGGUUCUGGCCAUGCUGCGGCGAGACAGUGAGCAUAUCAUCGGCCCCAUUAACUGGCUCUACACCGCCGUGGGCCCACUUCUGCCUGAUUCCGUGGUGCGCCAUGUGGGGGAGCUUGCAUUUCGGCCACCUUCACAUGCACAAGAGCUGUUUGCUCGAGUUGUACAGCUUGCCAUGUCGCCGGCAGCCAUCACGGCUUAG